UGUGAUCAGCUGUAUCCAAUCAGUUGCAUAAUAGGGAAAUGCCGGUUAUAGGCAUUUCUCUCCCCACGAGCUGUCACGCUGACAGCUCCACUGAUGAUCAGUGUGCGCUGAUAAUCUGUGUAGCCCCAGCAGCGCCACCUGUCAGUGUCCAUCAGUGCCACCUCUCAGUGUUUAUCCAUGCCACCUGCCAGUGCCCAUCAGUGCCACAUUUCUGUGCCCAUCAGUGCCACAUCAAUACCACAUAUCAGUGCCCAUCUGAGCUGCCUUUCAGUGGCACCCAUCAGUGCCAGUCAGUGCCACCUAUCAGUGCUGCCAAUCAGUGCCACCUAUUAGUGCAAGUCAGUGCCGCCUAUCAGUGCCAGUCAGUGGCACCUAUCAGUGUUCAUCAGUGCCGCAUAUCAGUGCCCGUCAGUGCUGCCUAUCAGUGCCGCCUAACAGUG